AUGUAUCUCAUCAGUGAGUUUGACCCUUGUGGCACACACCUUGAUCUAUGUGACCAGGCUAACAGCGAGAUAGAGAUACCAUGUUCGUCCGCCAACAUCGGCCCCGGAUUCGAUGUCAUCGGCCUCGCCCUGUCCAUGUACCUCGAAAUCCGAGUCAGCAUCGACCGAUCAGCGCCGGCAGACCCAUCGUCGAACCCGCUCAACUGCACCGUCAGCUACACGGGCGUGGGCGCCGAGGACAUCGACCUGAACCCAGAAAACAACCUGCUAACGCGCACGGCACUGUACGUGCUGCGGUGCCACCAGCAGCAUGAGUUCCCGGCGCAGACGCACGUGCACAUCCAUAAUCCCAUCCCCCUGGGCCGCGGGCUGGGAUCCUCAGGCGCCGCCGUGGUUGGCGGCGUGCUCCUCGGCAACGUCGUCGGCGGACUGAAUCUGCCCAAGGCCCGGCUCCUGGACUUCUGCCUCAUGGUCGAGCGGCACCCGGACAACGUCGCCGCCGCCCUCUACGGCGGCUUCGUGGGCACCUACCUCAACGAGCUCGACCCAGUCGACAUGGCGCGCAAGGAGGUCCCGCUCUCAGAGGUCCUUCCCCAACCGGCCGGUGGCGUCGACACUGGCCUCAUCCCCCCGAUCCCGCCCGAGAAUAUAGGCCACUACAGGAGAUUCAACUGGGCCAAGGAGAUCAAGGCUCUGGCAAUCAUCCCGGACUUUGAGGUGAGCACGGCCAAAGCCAGACAGGUAUUGCCAACCGAGUAUUCUAGACAGGACAUGAUCUUCAAUCUUCAACGCAUCGCCCUCCUCACCACCGUCCUCUCCGACUCCCCUCCCGACCCCUCGCUCAUCUACUCCGCCAUGCAAGACAGGAUCCAUCAGCCUUACCGCGCCGGUCUCAUCCCCGCCCUCCCCUCCAUACUAUCCUCCAUGUCCCCCCAGACACACCCGGGACUCCUGGGAAUCUGCCUGUCCGGCGCGGGACCCACCAUAUUGGCCCUCGCCACGGACAAUUUCGAGAGCAUCGCCCGUGUCAUCAUCAAGAAGUUCGAGGACGAGGGAAUUACUUGUGAGUGGAAAGUCUUGGAGCCGGCCGAAGAUGGCGCCACCGUGCAGGAAGUGCCCGGUGAUGUGCUAUCGUAUCGGAAAGAGAUCAGCAAAGCCUGA